UCCCUCAGCCGCCCUCACAUUGGCUCUCCAUUCCAGUGAAGGAGGCAAGGAGGAGAGUGCGCACGCGGAGAAAACAUGGAUCUGAAGGAAGGAAGCGGAGGAGCCGUCGUCGACGAUGCAGUUUAUUUUUAAGUUCAGCGGUUGACAGCGGAUCGGGUUGCGCGUCCCGAGAUGUUCGCGCCGACGGCAAUCCCCUUGCAGUAAGGAGGAUUGUGACCAAGCAAGCCCCUCUUCCUGCAACCUCCAAGGUUCUCUAUACAUUUAAACACUCUUUGAUGUCAACAUGGAAUGUGGCGAGAACAUCCCAGCCCAAGAUGAACAUCUCAAGUCAGACCGCUUGAAUCUCAGCGGACUGUACCAUGUGGGUCGGACCUUGGGAAGGGGUCACUAUGCAGUGGUCAAACUUGCUCGGCACGUCAACACUGGGCAGCUGGUUGCUAUUAAGAUGAUUGACAAGACCAAACUCGAUGUCAUGGCGACAAGCCACCUCUUACAGGAAGUCAGAUGUAUGAGGAGGGUGCAACAUCCUAACGUGGUCCGCCUCUAUGAGGUCAUCGACACACCCACGACCCUUUACCUGGUCAUGGAGCUGGCAGAGGGGGGCGACCUGUACGACUACAUCCUUCGCCACGAGACAGGCGUUGCUGAGGGCACUGCCAAACGCCAUUUUGCCCAGAUCGUGCGCGCCGUGGCAUACUGCCACGAGCUCCACGUGGUGCACCGAGACCUGAAGCCAGAGAAUGUGGUGUUCUUUCCGCAGCAGGGGGCAGUGAAACUAACAGACUUUGGCUUCAGUAACUUAUUCAAACCUGGGACCAUGUUGGCCACCAGCUGUGGGUCCCUGGCGUAUUCUGCACCGGAGAUUCUUUUGGGAGAAGAGUAUGAUGCUCCAGCUGUGGAUAUCUGGUCCCUCGGGGUGAUCUUGUACAUGUUAGUGUGCGGGGUCCCUCCCUUUCAGGAGGCCAAUGACAGUGAGACUCUGGUCAUGAUUCUGGAUUGUCGUUACUCCAUCCCCGACCACGUCUCAGGCCACUGCAGAGAUCUGAUCUCCAGGAUGCUCCAGAAGGAUCCAUCAGUCCGAGCGUCACUGCAGGAGAUUGAGGCUCACUGCUGGUUACAGGGGCUGGACAAUGUGCUGCUCAGCCCAGAGGCGCCUCCCCAUUGGCUCUCGGGGGCCCUCUCCUCUACCUCGCCGCUCUCCCGAAUGGUCGAAUCUGGCGACUUGCUCGCCGCCAAGCCGCAGUCCUUACCGGCGCCGCGGCAGGUCAACCUCAGCUACUCGCUUCACCCGCCGCCGGCCGAGGAACCUCGCGUCGCCAAGAACCUCCCAGCUCUCCUGCAGAUUUGUGAGGAAGAGGAAGAGGAGGAGGACGAGGUAGAGGAGAGCAACCUGGCCAAAGAGUGUGAAGGUUUGUUGUCGUUGUCUGUGACUGAGCCACAGAAGAAGGUUGAGGUCGUGCUGGACGGUGCGGACGAUCAAGAGGAAAGGGCGGAAGAGCAAAUGGGGGAGAAAUUCGAAGAGGAGGAGGCUGGAGUGGACACGGAAAGAGAGCGCACGCAAAGCGCCAGCGUGAUUUCAUACCAACCGGUCGCUCACCUAAACAAUCUCGUGAGUCACGCGCCGGAGCGCCCCGCCUCGUGUGAGGCUAAGGCGGCUUUGAGGGUGCCGUGCUGCCAGGGGUGGAGUGAGAAAGCCCCCCACCAAGAGACGGAACCAAACAACAACUUCAACAAAGCCGCCGCCUCCGCAACGCCGAAAAACCAAAAGACACACCGCGGAGAGAAGAAGGAGCAGUGGACGGACACGGGCGCCAGGGAUGACUUUGUAACGGACAGAUCCCAAUCGCGCAAUACGACCGGGCCCUGGGACGAAGCCGCCAAUACCGCCGCCGCCGCCAGGGUGGAGCCGGCGGGGAAACGCCACAGCCUCAAGCUUCGCGAGCGCCUCUUCCAGUUGCCCCUGUGUGAGAAAGCGCUGGCCUUCAACAUCCCCACAAACAACAAAGCCAAGAUCCUCCCACUGGCUCAGUACAACUGUUGCCAUGUGCUUUAAAUGACACGCACGCACGCAUACUCCAAGCUGACCACAGGAGAGUUUCGAGUGCACACUUGAGCAGGAAUCACAAAGUUAAAAGCUCCAGUUUGUCGACGGCACAGUGGUUUGAGUGGAGCCACUUUGCGACUUGGUGAGCGUAGCAAGCACACUGUACCCACGCGGAAGGAGAGAAAAUUGUCCUCGUGAGCUGCCUACAACGAAGGCUUCACAGAAAAACAAAACAAAACGCAAAAACUAAGCACUUGUUUCUUCUUCCCUUUGCACAACCCGCUUCUCUGGUUACAAACCUCUUAAUAUAAGCUGAGAGACUGUUACAAUGUUAUGAUAUACGCCACAUGCUAUAAUAUGCCUCAGACUGAGAUGAUUGUAUCAUUCUCCGUCCUCUUAAUGUUCCGUCCGUUGAUCACUCGCCCUACUAGUUUUUUUUUUUGUUGUCACAUCGAGGAUGCGAUCGACACUUCGAAGUGUUGCGAGGUUUGCCAACCAUCGUCAUGGGAACCAUGUGACUUGCUGUGCAUGCUCUUAAGCGUUAUUUAUCACCGUAUACCUCCAUACCGUGUCUUGGCUUUAGCAAGACACCGCUGUCUUGUCUUGUUACCUUGAUUGCACACAGUACAGCACCCGGUAGCUUCCUACUACUGUACAUCUUGGAAUAUGAAUCACGUGUUACAUAUUGGUAGAGGAGUCACUCCGUGUAUAUUUGGUGUAUUUUCACAUCCACUCAUGUCUUAUUCGAGGCAAAGAUGAUAAUUGUAGAUACAUUUUGUACAGUGAUAAGAGCCAAAGCUGUAGAAUAAGCUACUGUACAGUAACACAUAUACUUUCCCUGUAGCCUGCAGAGCAGCUUAUUUGUGUUCAUUUCUACUGUUUCAUGCCGAAAUUGGGUAUGCAACCGGGCAUACAUUCCUCGCUUAUCGAGAAAGCGUGAAAUUUGAUUGUCGCUUGUAUUUCGGCAGCACUGUAAGCGUAAAAUUUGUACCAAGAACAGAUUCAAUAGAGAAGUGAUUAUUCCUGUACAGUUGCAGCCUGCCUGCCCCUCCCUGGUGUGUUUUGUUCUUCUGCUUUGAAUUAGAGGACCUCGUCUCUCUGGAGCCUUGUACUUAUUUUUUUCUGGAUUUAUUUAUUAAAAUGACAUCAAUGUAACCAAUGUGCUCCAUGAUGUUUGUCAGGAAGAA